AUGAUCAAUAUAUUGUUCUUUUUCUUGUGUUUGGUGGCUAGCAUCACUUGCCAUCGAUUUGAUGAUAUAGUGAAAGAUGAUUUGAAAAUAGAGAAACAAAUAAAAAUUAUUAAUAAAUCUUCUGUCAAGAGUAUUCAUACAAAAUUUGGAUACAUUGUUGAUUGUAUUGAUAUUAAUAAGCAACCAGCCUUUGAUCAUCCUUUGUUAAUUAAUCAUAAAUUGCAGAGAAAACCCAAUUUUCAAAAUGAAAUUCAAAAUGACAGUGUAAUGAUUUCAUCAACUAAUGCCACAUUUGGGCUUGCAAAGGACCAAUGUCCAAUAGAAACCGUUCCUAUUAAAAGGACAACUAAAGAAGAUCUCAUCCGUGGCAAAUCAUUUUUUAAUAAUCUUAUAUUUGAUGGGAAUCCGAAUAAUCAUGUUGCAUCUAUUUCUCUAAGAACAGUAAAUCCUACAUAUUUUUCUUAUUUUGGAGUUAGUGGAACAAAUAGCAUUUAUAAUGUAAAAGUUGAAAAUGAUCAAUCAAGUUCCUCUGUUAUGUGGGUUCGAAAUGGAGUGGCACCAGAGUUAUACGGUGAUGAUGAAACUCAUCUCUAUGCACUAUGGAUGCUAGAAAUUGAUCCUAUAACAAAAGAUUGGUGGAUGACAAGUGAAAAUGAAAAUCUUAGAUAUUUUCCAGCAUCUUUAUUCUCCAACAUGACAUCUGCUGAUCAAGUAGGGUGGGGCGGUAGAGCAACAACUACUUCGGGCGCUCCUGGUCCUCCAAUGGGUUCAGGAUACUUUCCUGAUGAUAUAUUUAAUCAGAUCAAGUCUUGCUAUGUUGACUUUAUUCACUGCCAAACCCUGCUAUGUUGA